GGGCGGGGCCCGCGGAGGGCGGGGCCCGCGGAGGGCGGAACCCGAGCCCGGGAGGAGGGCGGAGGACGGUCGGCCGGGGCCGCAGACCCGACGGGCUCCCAGGAACAGCCGGCCGGGCCGGAACUGCAGCGGCCGCGCGGGAAUGGGCCGCCCCGCGACCUAGCGCCGCACCGCACGUGGCCGCUGCCCGGGCCGGGCAGAGCCGGCGCCAUGAACGGGGACGCCAUCUGCAGCGCGCUGCCCACCAUCCCCUACCACAAGCUCGCCGACCUGCACUACCUCAGCCGCGGCGCCUCCGGCACCGUGUCGUCGGCGCGCCACGCGGACUGGCGCGUGCGGGUGGCCGUGAAGCACCUGCACAUCCACACGCCGCUGCUCGACAGUGAAAGAAAUGAUAUCUUACGAGAAGCUGAAAUACUACAUAAAGCUAGAUUUAGUUACAUUCUUCCAAUUUUGGGAAUUUGCAAUGAGCCUGAAUUUUUGGGCAUAGUUACUGAAUACAUGCCAAAUGGAUCAUUAAAUGAGCUUCUACAUAGAAAGAUUGAAUAUCCUGAUAUUGCGUGGCCAUUGAGAUUCCGCAUUCUGCAUGAAAUAGCUCUUGGUGUAAAUUACCUGCAUAAUAUGAACCCCCCUCUACUGCAUCAUGACUUAAAGACUCAGAAUAUCUUGUUGGAUAAUGAAUUUCAUGUUAAGAUUGCAGAUUUUGGUUUAUCAAAAUGGCGCAUGAUGUCACUCUCUCAGUCACGAAAUAGCAAAUCUGCACCUGAAGGAGGAACCAUUAUCUAUAUGCCACCUGAAAACUACGAACCCGGACAGAAAUCCAGGGCCAGCGUGAAGCAUGAUAUAUACAGCUAUGCAGUUAUCAUGUGGGAAGUGUUAUCCAGAAAACAGCCUUUUGAAGAAGUCACCAAUCCUUUGCAGAUCAUGUAUAGCGUGUCACAGGGCCGCCGGCCUGACACCAGUGAGGAAAAUUUGCCGUUUGAUAUCCCUCAUCGAGGUCUCAUGGUCUCUCUAAUACAAAGUGGAUGGGCGCAAAACCCAGAUGAAAGACCGUCUUUCUUGAAAUGCCUAAUAGAACUUGAACCCAUUCUGAGAACAUUUGAAGACAUAACUUUUCUUGAAGCUGUUAUUCAGCUAAAAAAGACAAAGAUACAGAGCACAUCGAGUACUGUUCGCUUGUAUGACAAAAAAAUGGAUUUAUCGCUGAACAUACCUGCAAACCAUCCUCCACAGGAGGAAUCUUGUGGAACCUCUCUACUCUCUAGAAACGCUGGUUCUCCUGGAACCUCCAGGUCCCUAUCAGCUCCUCAAGACAAAGGUUUUUUAUCUGGAGGACCUCAAGACUGUUCUUCAUUGAAGCUGCAUCACUGUCCUGGAAACCACAGCUGGGACGGCACUAUUUCUGCAUCACAGAGGGAAGCUUUCUGUGAUCACAGACCCAGCCAGUGCUCACUGGCUUUACUAAAACCUCUCUUGGUUGAGAAAAGCUUGGAGCGCCUGCAACCUGGUAUAGCCCAACAGUGGAUCCAGAGCAAGAGGGAGGACAUUGUGAGCCAAAUGACUGAAGCCUGCCUCAACCAGUCACUGGACGCCCUUCUGUCUCGGGACUUGAUCAUGAAGGAGGACUAUGAACUCAUUAGCACUAAACCCACAAGGACCUCAAAAGUCAGGCAGUUACUGGACACCACUGACAUCCAAGGAGAAGAAUUUGCCAAAGUUAUAGUACAGAAGCUGAAAGAUAACAAGCAAAUGGGACUCCAGCCUUACCCGGAAGUACUUGUGGUUUCCAGAGCACCAUCUUCAACUUUCCUUCAAAAUAAAAGUUUAUAAGUGAGUCUUUUUUGAGAGGAAAGUCAGUUUACAAAUGGUUAUUUAUGUGUCUAUUACCUGGAUAAUGUUUGUAUGAGGAUAUGAGUAAUAGACGCUUCACUGAAGGUUUUUUUGGAAGAGAUAAGUAUGAGUCUCUUUCCAUGACAUUGCAGUAUUUUUUAAAUUAAUGUAAGUGAAAAGUUUGCAUUGUGCUGUAGUUCAGUUUUAUGUCUACUUCAAAUUUCACUACUUGAACUUUUUUAUGUAAUAAUUACAUUUUUCUUGUUCAUGACAGUGCCUUAAAGAUGGCCUUUUUUUCUGAUAGAAAACAUUUUCAAACUCACUUUAUCCACGUCUUUUUCAUGAUUGCUCUGAAAUGCAAUCUGACUUUAUGAAGCUGUGAUACAGUAGUCCCACUUUGCAGUCCCAAGUUCGGGUCUCCAAAGAGUUACUUAUUUUAAAAUUUUAUUUACAAAUGUUUAAAAGGUUGUUUCAGGGGAUACAGUGUGUAUAAAGAAAGAAAAAGGAAUCUUUUACUAACCCUGGCUAUCUCUCUGCCUCUAUUUAACCUUUGCCUCCCUGCAGUCUGCAGAGUGAACAGCCCAUUGUGUGUCCUGCUGCAGCCUGCUUCCUGCUCUUGUUUAAGCACGCUGAUUGGAGAGAGGCUCUUACUAGUGUUGCUGGCUUUUGAACACAACAUGGUUUUGGAAGUAGAGGGCACGGCAGGUCCAAUCCUCUAGCUCAGAUGCAGAUAUGACUCAUUGUGUUCAGUUACCACUGAAUGGCUGUGCUGUUCUAUUUUUUAUUUUCUCAGCUUGUUCACACCAGCUUCACAACCAACAAUAAAAAUGCAGUACAGUGUGAGUUCUUUUUUUCUUUAGGUUGUUAGCUUAUACAAGUAAAGGGAACCUGUGUGAAGUGGUGCCUUUUUCUGAAAACUGUUGAACAAACUUAGCAAAAAUUGAGAAACAGGAUAAAUUUGAAAGCUCAAAUUUGCAAGAUGCACCAGACUCAUAACUUGCCGGAAAAGUUAGAAAUAAAGACUAAAAGGACUUACAUGGCAUUGAGACAAUGAAAUAUUCUUUAAUUUGAAAUAAGAUUUUAAACACCAGAGUUGGAGAGAUGGCUCAGCACUUAAGAGUACUGACUGCCCUUGCAGAGGACCCAGGUUCUGUUCCUAGCACUUACAUGACAGCUCAUAACUAUCAGUAACUCCAGUUCCAGGGGAUCUAAACCCUCUUCUGGCCUCUAUAGGUACCAGGCAUAUACACAGUCCAUUGCAUGCAGGCAAAGCAACUCAUACACAUAAAGUAAAAGGGUAAAAAAAAAAAUUAAGAAUUUAAAUUCCAUUUUAAAAUAACAUUAACCUAUGAUGUGAUUCUUAUGGGACUUUCAAAACCAUGGAAAUUUAAAGAGAAAGAUAAAAAUUAGACUCAUGAGUUGCCUAUUAAAUUCUUUUUAAAGUAUUAAAAUAAAAACAUGAGUGUGAUGGCACACACCUGGUAUCUCACAACUUUGGAAGCAGACUGAUCAAGAAUUCAGAGUCAUCCUCAGCUACUUAACAAGUUCAACUAUCUGAGACCCUUUCUUCAACAAACAAACAAAAACAAAAAAGAUUAAAUUUUGAAAUAUAAAAGAGUAAGUUUUUUUUUAAGAUUGCUUUCUUUUAACAUUCUUUCUGUCUCUUUCUGUCUAUUUCUCCUGGUGAUAUGUGAUAUAUAUAUAGAUUGAUAAAAUGAACCUUGCUCUAGCCUUUCCUUUUGCUGCAAACUCUACAGUUCAUCACAUGUGAGCCAUGUAAGCAUGUCUGUGGUUACAUGCUUACAACCCAGCUGUUUUUCUGCUAUGAUUUACUGUAAGGAAUACACAUGUAUAGUCACUCAUUGUCAUAGCCCUGCAAACGUUCUACAUGAACACAACAUACUGACCAGAAGAAUCUUCCACUGGGCAGUGGUGAUGCACAGCUUUAGUCCCAACACUCGGGAGGCAGAAACAGGUGGAUUUCUGAGUUUGAGGAGAGCCUGGCUGACAGAGUGAGUUCCAGGACAACCAAGGCUACACAGAGAAACCCUCUCUCAAAAAACAAACAAACAUGUCAAGGAUCGGGAUUAAUCUGUAGUGAGCUCUCCUUUCGUAGAAUCAUUACUCUCACCGGCUGAUUUUUGCUGUGACCUGUAUUUGCAUUUCCUCUUUUUGAGGGCAUGUGAUACCUUGUGCUGAGUAUGAGCAGUCAGCACAGAACAAGGCCGGGCAUAGAGAAUAACUCUAAUAAAUAGUAAAAUGAAAGCUGCAGACGGGGGCGAGGUGCACCCUUCAAAUCCUACUUUCCAAGAUGUAUGCAAGUACAGAUAAGUAGAAUCAUUUUUAAGUAGAACAGAGAUUCAAAACUUUGUAUCAUUUGAGCCACAUAAUAAGGUUCUUGUUUUGUUUUGUUUUGUUUUGUUUUGUUUUGUUUUGUUUUGUUUUGAACCUUUUCAUUAACUAAAGGAGAAUGGCUUCAUUCUGUGCCAGUUGUGUGUGUGCUUAAUUUUGACCAACUUUAUUAAAGAAGAAUUCAAGCACAGAACUUUAGAAACAAUAUUUAGCAAGAAUUUUAUGAUUUAUAACUUUCAUUUUGAAAGAGAAUUUCUAUCCAGGAGUGGUACUGUUUUUCUCUAUGGCAUAAUACAUAAAGUUAAUAAUAUCCAAAUAAAAUGACAGUAUAAGGUAUUAAAUAAAUUCCAAUAAAGGCAGUUCAUGAACAUGCCAACCAGUCACUGAAAUAAAUAGCAGAUGGAAAUGUUAGGAUUCAGUCACUCUAGGGCAGCACUGAUUGGUCUCUCCUUUAACAUCUAGACAGUGCUAGAUAGAGAUGGUGUCUUCAUAGUGGCUUUUUGCAUGUUUGUUUGUUUAUGACAGGAUUUCUCUGUGCUAGAACUCACUUGGUAGACCUGUUGACCAGGCUGGCCUCGAACUCCCAGAGAUGCGCCCACCUCUGCCUCCCACAUGGUAGCGUUAAAGGUGUGCGCCACCGCCACCCAGCUUUGUAGGGCCUUUUAUUUCUUGCUACCUACAAUACAGUCCAGAGACCAGCAUUGACAUCAUAUAGAUUAUAAGAACUAUAAGUUCAUAGCCUCUCAGUGGUGCUAAGAUCCAGAAAUCUGUUUUAACAAACCAUGUUAGCAGUUCUUAUCAUGCCUAACAUUCAAGGUUCUUGUUUGGAGAAACAGUACAGAACGAGCUAUAAAAUAAUUUCACCUUUGACUUACAGAUUUCUUUUCAUGACAUCUCUGUGCUACAUUUAUCUUGAGACUGUACAGUCUCUGAACUAAGAUUUGGUUGGUUAUAUAUAUGCACCCAACUUACGUUCUCAAAGGAAGAUGGGUAGUGUCAUAUUUUUGAAAGAUCACUUAAACAUAAUAUUCAAUAUUCAGACCAGAGUCAGUUCCACAACUCAGCUCUCUAAGGAAGAGCUUCAGGACAGAUAAACACUUCAGUCCAGAAAACAGAGACCCAAGCUAAUGCACAAAGAAUGUGAGUAAGGUUUUCCUUUCUCUGUGGUAGUAAGAUAAAAGUAAAGCUUUUUAAUUAAAUUAUUUUUAUUCUCUGAGAAUUUUACACAUGUAGGCAGUGAAAUAUGAUUCUUAGGCCCCAUUUCCCCUCCCAGCUUACCUCCCAACACCCCCCUCUGCUAACCUCACAUCUUGUUUUUCUUUCUUACUAAGUACAGUGGGUCAGUGGGUGUGGACUUACUGGGAAACAGCCCUGAAGCACUGCGAAUCUUAUAGUGGCUGCAUCCUGCAAGAAUGAGUCUCCCUUAGGCUGAUUUUUAUUUUUCUUCGUUAAUCUAUACGUCAGCAGCAUUCUUAAGAAAUUCUACAUUUUCUAAUUUAUGGAGAAAAGUUACAACCAAUUGGGAAAGGGAAAGAAUUAGUAGUUAUUUAUAAUGGGCCAUACUCACAAACAUCUCUUAGUUUUCAGAAAAUCUUAUCAUCUCUAAAGUUCUACCUUCUGUAUUCCAUAGAGACCAAUUCCCAAAUGAUCUCUUACUUUUUCCCUCUCAAUUGAAUCAUUUCUUUUCUUUUUUCUGUUUUUUGAGACAAGGUUUCUCUGUGUAGCCCUGGCUGUCCUAGAACUCUAUAGACAAGGAUAGCUUUGAACUCCGAGUUCUGCCUGCCUCUGCCUCUUGACAUGCCCCACCAUACCUGACAGAAAGCAUUUCUUUGUCCAUCCCAAGUACUCAUAUUCUUUAUGAAGACAAAAUUCCUUCACUUGACCUGAGGUUUUUUUAUCUGAAGAAUUACUCUAUAUUGACUCCGUUUUUGUUAACAAUUCCUUUCUAAAUGGUUUAAUAUUUAAGGAACCUUGUUGGUCUCAUAAGUUGCUUAAAAUGUCAUGUCAUAUAACUAAUGAAUGGAUUAAAAUGAACAGUUAUGCAUCUGA